AUGGAAAAUGCAGAGUUAAUCUGGAACUCUGUAUCACUACCAAAACAGAGAUUUACUAUGUGGUUAGCAACACAAAAAAGACUGCUCACGAAAGAAAGGUUAUUGAACAUGAAGAUACAAGUGGAUGACAGUAAAUGUUGCUUAUGCCAAGAUACAGUGAUGGAAACUAAUAAACACUUGUUUGUAGACUGUGAAUAUGCUACAAAGGUGAGAGAUGCAUUGCUAUGUUGGUCAAAAAUCAACCUGCCUGCAAGAGAGUUGAACAACAUAUUGGAACUGAUAAAGAAGAAACAUUGGAAGAAAUUCAAAAAGGAAGUGGUGGCAGCACUGUGGGGGGCUAUGGUAUACCAUAUUUGGAAAGCAAGAAACUGGAAACAGUUUAAAGGAGUCAGCUUACAAUAUUCUGACAUAGUAAAGGAAAUCACUCGUGAAAUAGUGGGAAGGAUAGACAUGUAUAAAGAUUCAAAAAGAGCUAUUAGAAGUAGAAGUUUUUGGCAGAAUUUAUGUACCUAG